AUGGAUUUCCUGACGCUUUUCCUGGUUUAUCUGUGUUCGGUGCUCGCUGCUGCCGCCCUGCUCUGCGUCUGCUCCGGGAGGAGGAGGGGAGGAGGUUUCCUCAGCCAGUCUUUUCAUUUGCUUCAGGUGUUGUCAUUUGUAAUCCCCACGCAGCUCCAGAGCGUGACACAGCGGGCACUUCACAGGCUCUUCCACACAAGAAACUGUUUGUUUGUUGUGCUGCACAUCACCUUGCAAGCUGCAGUGUUUGGGGAGUACACCUGGGAAGUGUUUGUUUACUGCUGGGAGCUGCAGUUCCACCUCCUGCUGCUGCUGCUGCCCUACCUGCUGCUGGCUGGGAACGUGGGCUUCUUCCUUCUCUGCUCCCGGGCCAAUCCUGGUAUCAUAACAAAAUCAAACCAUGCGUCCCUGGUAAAGAUUUAUGCCUAUGAUGGAGUGUUAUUUCAGAGAGGCAUCGUGUGUCCUACGUGCAACGUGGAGAAGCCAGCCAGAUCAAAACAUUGCAGUCUCUGCGGGAGGUGCGUGCACCGCUUCGAUCACCACUGCGUCUGGGUCAACAACUGCAUCGGUGCCGCCAACGCCGGGUACUUCUGCCUCUACCUCGGCUCCCUCAGCGCCGCCGCCGCCGCCAUCGCAGCCGUCACGGCAGCCCUGCUCAUCCAGCUGGGGCUGCUCUUCAGGGCCAUGCACAGCACGUACAUCGAUGAGCAAGGGCACGAGCAGCCUGUUGAGGUUCUCUUCCUCCUUCAGCACCUUUUCUUGGCUUUCCCUAGGAUUGUCUUCAUGCUUGGUUUUGUUAUUCUUCUCACCCUGGUGCUGGGUUCAUACUGCUGCUUCUAUCUCUACUUGGCCUUAACCAACCAAACUUCCAAUGAAUGGUGUAAGUCCAGAAGAUAUGGGUGGUCCCACCAUCUAACACUGCAGCCUCAUGACAGACAAGUUGUCUACAAAAACAUUUAUUCUAAAGGAGUCUGGAAGAAUUUACAGGAACUGUUUAAGCCUCCUACAGUGUUGGAAAGGAAGAAGAAGACAUGA